UUAAAGAUCCAGAGAGAGCGAGAGACCAGUAAUCUUUCUCCUCCUCAUAUGCUAGUUUGAAAUAAGCUGUCAUCCGUUUUUUGGCUUAGCUGUGUUCAGAUUUCCUCUCUUCUCAGUGCGGAAGUGAAACGCUGCAUUUGUCGGGUAUCAACAUGUGGGAUGGUGCCUUGAGAACAGCUGGUUGAUGGGCCCGGGCUGAAGACGUGUGGGAGGCCUUUGAUAGAGUGUUAGGAUGGCCACUGAAGCUUCUACCCUCCCAAGUCCUGUGGUGCGUCAGAUCAACAAACAGUUCCUGAUUUGCAGUAUCUGUCUGGAUCGCUACAACAAUCCCAAGGUCCUUCCCUGCCUCCACACCUUCUGUGAAAGGUGUCUGCAGAACUAUAUUCCCGCCCACAGUCUGACUCUGUCUUGCCCCGUGUGCCGUCAGACCUCCAUCCUGCCGGAGAAAGGUGUGGCGGCACUUCAGAGUAAUUUUUUUAUCACCAACCUGAUGGAGGUGCUAAAGAGAAGCCCAGACAUUAACCUCAGUGAGGACUGCACAGAUGCUAUCAAUGGAGUGGCCAGUGGACAACCACUCUCAUGUCCCAAUCAUGGAGGAAACGUAAUGGAGUUCUACUGUCCACCAUGCGAGACAGCCAUGUGUGAGGAGUGUACAAGCGGCGAACACGCAGAACACGACACCGUCCCGCUUAAGGAUGUUUUAGAACAGCACAAAGCCUCGCUACAGGAGCAGCUGGACGCCGUCAAAAACAGACUGCCAGAAAUUGACUCUGCACUGGAGGUUCUGUCUGAGAUUUUGCAGCAGCUGAGCAAUCAGAAGAGUUCAAUAGAAGAUGUGAUUCAUGCUACUUUUGAGGAACUUCAGAAGACCCUUAAUGUACGGAAGAGUGUUCUGCUGAUGGAGCUGGAGGUCAACUACGGACUCAAACAGAAGGUGUUGCAAGCUCAGCUGGAGUUGUUGCUGCAGGGGCAGGAGGGCAUAUGCAGCAGCUGCAGUUUCACCGAGCAGGCUCUUAAUCACGGCUCGGAAGCCGAGGUCCUGUUGGUCAAGAAGCAGAUGAGCGAGCGCCUUGACGAGCUGGCCAAUCAGGAGCUCCCUCUUUGGCCAGAGGAGAACAAGCAGCUGGACUUCUUGGUGGAGACAGACGGUCUUCGCAAAUCCAUCCACAACCUUGGUGCUAUAGUAACCACCAAUGCUAUAGCCGCAGAAACUGUUGCCACCGGUGAAGGCCUGAGGCACUGCAUCGUGGGACAGCCAACCUCGGUGACUAUAACAACAAAAGACAGAGACGGCGGACUGUGCCGGACAGGAAAUGCUCUGCUCAUUGCUGAUCUUUCUGCCUCUGAUGGCACCGCAGUGGGGGAAGGUGAAGUCACGGAUCAUAAAAAUGGCACUUAUGAGUUUGUGUACACGGCCCCGUGUGAGGGCCGCUUCACGCUCUCGCUGAAGCUCUAUGAUCAGCAUAUUAAAGGCAGCCCAUUCAGCAUACGUGCCAACAAAAUGACAGAGAUCUCCCUGACUGCAGACGGAGGCAAGAAACGCCUCAAAUCUCCAGGAAGCAGCCAUGUGAAACAGCGUGCCAUCAAGCGCCCUGCCAGCAUGUACAGCACCGGCAAACGGAAAGAAAACCCAAUCGAAGAUGACCUCAUGUUCCGAAUCGGAACUAAAGGCAGAAAUAAGGGUGAGUUCACCAAUCUUCAGGGAGUUGCUGCUUCUUCUGUUGGCAAGGUCCUGAUAGCAGACAGUAACAAUCAGUGUGUUCAGAUAUUUUCAAAUGAUGGACAAUUUAAGAGUCGCUUUGGAGUGAGGGGCCGAUCACCAGGACAACUUCAACGUCCAACUGGUGUCGCUGUGCACCCCAAUGGUGACAUCAUCAUUGCUGAUUAUGAUAACAAAUGGGUCAGCAUUUUCUCCUGUGAUGGCAAGUUUAAGACUAAAAUUGGCUCAGGGAAGCUCAUGGGUCCUAAGGGUGUAUCGGUUGAUAGAAAUGGCCACAUCAUUGUGGUUGACAAUAAAUCUUGUUGCGUCUUCAUUUUUCAGCCCAACGGAAAACUUGUUUCCAAGUUUGGAAACCGAGGCAACAGUGACAAGCAAUUUGCAGGUCCCCACUUUGCAGCAGUCAAUCCAAAUAAUGAAAUCAUUGUGACUGAUUUUCAUAAUCAUUCUGUAAAGGUGUUCAGUCCAGAGGGGGAGUUUCUACUGAAGUUUGGUUCUAAUGGCGAAGGAAAUGGGCAGUUUAAUGCACCGACAGGUGUGGCGGUAGAUGCCAAUGGCAAUAUUGUAGUGGCCGACUGGGGCAACAGCCGGAUACAGGUGUUUGACAGCAGUGGAUCCUUCUUGUCCUACAUCAACACCUCCGCAGACCCUCUGUAUGGCCCGCAAGGACUGGCUCUGACCUCUGAUGGCCACGUUGUGGUGGCAGACUCUGGGAACCACUGUUUUAAAGUAUACCGUUAUCUACAAUAGCACUUAUUCCUUAAAGCUGCCGCCCUUGUGCCAAAUGGGACCCUCAUAUUGCAUUGAAGUUGUUGUUGUAGCCCUUACCUUGGAGAGAAGAACAAACUGAAGGAAAUGGGAGUCUGUACCCUGAUCAUGAAGGUUUGCAAACCUAAAAACAUUGAUUUUGCAAGUCGAAGGAAAAAUUCACCCAAAAAUAUGAAUUCUGUCUUUUUUUUC